AUGGAGGAGCUGAAGGAUGGAGAAGAGGUGAAGCAAAGGGAAAAGAGUGUAAAAGAUAAGACGAAGAAAAAGGAGGUGGAGGAAAAGAAGGGGCAGGGAAAGGAGGAGGCGAAGGGAGAGGAGGUGAAGGAAAAGAAGGUGAAGGAAAAGCAAGAUGAGAGAAACGAUCGGAUGAAAGAAAAAGAUGUGGAGGAAAAGGUAGUGCAGGAAAAGGAGGAGGUGAAGGAUGGGGAAGAGGUGAGGCAGAGGGAAGACGGUGUAAAAGAUAAGGUAAAGGAAAAGGAGGUGGAGGAAAAGGAGGAGCAAAGAAAGGAUGAGGUGAAGGAUGGGGCGGUGAAGAAAAAGGAGGUGGAGGAAAAGGAAGAGUAG